CCUGGGCGCACCUGCACACCGAAUAUGCUGUGCUACAUCGCCUCCUUCGCCUUUCUCGGACUCGCGACGUAAGCCACGACGCUCACGACACACAGAUGGACACACAGAUGGCUGUAUGUCAUGUGUGAUGAUCCCCUGCUGAUGGCGGCCGGGGGCAGCGUGGCACUGGGCGUGCAGUCCAAGGUGGGACCGAUCCCUGUACACGACCGUUUCCAGAACCUCUACAAGACGCUUACAGGAUCAACAUUCACGUCUUCAGUGGUGCGCACACAGCACAACAGACUCCGAAUGGCCGCACAUGUACACACCAUGUGUCUUGCCCUCUCUUUCGCGUUUUAGUUCGGAUGCGACUUCGAUAACCUAGGCAUGCUCACUACGGGCAAUGAGUGCCAAGACGCUAGGACAGGUUGUUGUCCCACUUUCACUCAACUCAAGGCUGCGCUGAACGGUAGAAACAUGCUUAGAAUACGGCAAAAGUCCGGCUGGCUUGGCUUGUAGUCUUCCUUUGCUUGCCAUAUGUACAGAUAAACCGUGUGAUUAUAGCGACCUUCUCCAGAACGCAACCAAAGUGGCCAUGCUAGCCAACAAUGCCGAUCUGCAGACGGCCUGUACCAACGGCUGCCUCAAAAAAGCCAAGACGGCACUCGAGAGUGGACUCAAUACGGCGGGUGUCAAGGGCAGGGGAUGUGUGGCUGCACAGACGGCGCUGCGCACUAUCGAAAACAUCUGCGCCAUGGAGGUGACGGAAGCAAAAAAUGGAAAAUAGAAGGAGGUUUAUAGUGUUCUCUUUUGCAGAAUAUCGAUACAUACUGUUUUGAGUACUUCAACAACCACCUAGAGAUCUACGAGGCGGCCAUCCAGGACCACAGUACCUCACUCGUACACAAAAAGCCCCCCCUCCAUACACACCGAGACACAGAGGAGACACAGAGCAGAGCAGCAUUUUCUCUUCUUUUUUCCCUUUCAUUCGUCAGGUAAGUUCUCUGAUGAUGGUAUGCCUUGGGACGUGUGCGCGGAGCGAUGCUUCCUAA